CUUAUUCCUCGGAGUUACCGAUCGUGUGCUCUGGUGCUUCCUUAGCCCCAGCCCCAUGACCUCCUUAAGAGCAGCCAGCAGCCGUGUCGCGUUUGUUCAACGUACCCGCUUUCCUCUGGCCCGCCGCACAUUGACCUCCUACACAACAAGAAACAUGCCUUCUCAGCAAGUCUUCAACACUAAGGAUGGUGCUACCUACACCACCAGCAAUGGUGCGCCCGUACAGGAGCCAUAUGCUGCUGGACGUGUUGGUACUUUUGGUCCUCUGGCGAUUCAGGACUUCCAUCACAUCGAUCUCCUCUCUCACUUCGAUCGUGAGCGUAUUCCGGAGCGUGUCGUCCACGCUAAGGGUGCUGGCGCCCACGGCUACUUCGAGGUGACUCACGAUGUCACGGACAUCUGUAUGGCGGACCUUUUCUCCAAGGUUGGCAACAAGGCCAAUCUGACCAUGCGUUUCUCCACUGUCGGCGGUGAGUCUGGCUCCGCGGAUACUGCUCGUGACCCCCGUGGGUUCGCGAUCAAGCUCCGGACCCAGCAAGGCAACUGGGAUUGGGUCUUCAACAACACUCCGGUCUUCUUCAUCCGUGAUCCGGCAAAGUUCCCCCACUUCAUCCACACCCAGAAGCGCGACCCACAAACGCAUCUGAAAGAUGUAGACAUGUUCUGGGACUACCUUUCGCAGAACCCGGAGUCCGCUCAUCAGGUUCUGAUCCUUUUCUCUGACCGCGGUACUCCCGAUGGUUUCGCACACCAGCACGGCUACUCAGGUCACACGUACAAGUGGGUGAACGCCAAGGGCGAGUUCGUCUAUGUCCAGAUUCACGUUAUCGCCGAUAAGGGAUUCAAGACCCUCAACAACGAGCAGGCUGGCCAGCUCGCUGGUGACAACCCGGACUACGGCACACAGGAGCUUUUCGAAAUGAUUGAGAAGGGUGACUACCCCAGCUGGACUGUGUCUGUGCAAACCAUGACCGCAGAGCAGGCUGAGAAGUUCCGCUACAGCGUACUGGACCUGACCAAGAUCUGGCCUCAUUCUGACUACCCCCUCCGCCCCGUCGGCAAGAUUGUCCUGAAUGAGAACCCCCAGAACUACUUCGCCGAGAUUGAGCAAGUUGCCUUCUCACCCUCCCACAUGGUUCCCGGUGCCGAGCCCUCUGCCGACCCUGUGCUCCAGUCCCGUCUCUACUCCUACCCGGAUACCCACCGCCAUCGUCUCGGUACCAACUACCAGCAGCUGCCUGUGAAUGCCCCCGUUUGCCCCGUGGCCAACUUCCAGCGUGAUGGUGCCAUGGCGUUCAACAACCAGGGCUCCCGCCCCAAUUACCAGAGCUCCAUCCAGCCAUUGACGUACAAGAAGAGCGCGUACACGACCGCCUCGCACGAACAGUUCCUCGGUGCAAGCAUUUUGGAUCUGAGCUUCAUGACUGAGCUCGACUGGGAGCAGCCACGUGCUUUGUACCAGAAGGUCAUGAACGACAAGGAACGUGCCGCUACUAUCCACAACCUGUCCGUGCACAUGAAGAACAUCAAGUCAAAGGUCGUCCUCGAGCGUCAGCUCUCCGUGUGGGCUGCGAUCGACCAGUCACUCGCUGAUGGCAUUUCCAAGACCCUUGGUGUUCCGACCGUUGCGCCUAUGAAGGUCGCACCUGCCUCUGCUGCCCUUCGUUAUCAGGCUUACGCGGGGAAGAGCGCCAAAGGCCUUCCCAACUAGAAGGACCACAGGAGUUCAUUGAUUGUCCGCUCCGGCCGUCGCAUUCUGUGUGUUUGCCCCACAGGUGGGUGCGGGCGUGGCGAAGAGCAGGGAAAGCGCAAAGGAUGAAGUUUCUCACCACUUCUUCACCUCACAUGUACGGUCCAUAUGAGAAACUUCAAGCAUAUUAACACCACUUCUCGCGCGUGAAGC